AUGUUUGUAGAAGAAGUCCCUAAGAAAAGUAACGCCAAUAGCUCCACCAUCUACUUCACCUCGUCCAUCAACCUCACAGCUCGUCCUUCACGGAUUAAUCAUGAUGUAGACGUUCAACCGGUGGCGAAGAAGGCUAAAAUCAAUUAUAAUUUGAAUGAUUUAAUGACAGCUCAACUUCAGUCUAAUGACUCCCAACAAUCAUCUGGACCUUUAAAAUCCUCCCAACAGAUAACUUUGGAAAGACUCACAUCCAAGAGAUUAUUGGAUUUAUCCAAAGAAGGACCGGUGACGAAUUUUGAACUUCCUAAAAAUUAUGAAUCCAAGAACAACAGUAAGAAGAAUAAGCAGGGGAAUACUCCUGGUACAAAGAAGAUUUUAUCGGCCAAACGUAACUUGAACUCCUACUUCGAAGAAGAAAGAAAUCUUGUAUCUAUCAAUAGUAUAUUGAGUCUCAAUUACCAAUACUUGGAUCAAUAUGAUUAUUUGUCAUCAUCUAAAAAGAAUAAAAAGGAAAAGAUCUUCAGACCAAGGAUAAAGUUAUGUUGUAUAUGUAGCAAUGUGUCCAACUAUGCCCGAUGUCAUAUCUGUGGCUUGUUCUUCUGUUCCAUCAGAUGUAAUAGAGUACAUCAAGAAAGUAGAUGUAAUUGA